AUGAUCAAGCUUUUUUCGUUAAAGCAACAGAAGAAGGAAGGUGAAGGCGCAAAAGGAGGGGCGAAGAGAGCGUCUGCAGCGCAACUAAGGAUAACUAAAGGUGCGGCAUGGUUUGGUUUUAGAGCUUAGAGAAGUAACUCAGCUUAUUGUGCUACCAUUGCAUCAUGAAACUUAACCUUCUUGUUUUACGCUUAGGGAAUGUCUACGUAAUUAAUUAUUCCCGUGUAAACAAGCUUUAAGAGGAACUAAGAUCGCUGUAGCACUAACUAGAUCUUUUUCCUCUUUGCCAUCCCGGUUUCAUUUUGUCUUGAAGAGAACUGCGUUUCCGCGCGUGCAUUGUUGUUGAAUUGACAAAGUUGUACCAAAACAACGAAUGCGAUUUGUACUUUUUAACUUUUACAUGCACACUUUCAGUCGCUAUUUUCUGAAUUUUUGAGACGACCUUUAUCGAUCGUCCUUAUUACAAAUAAGCCAGUCAGCAACCCGUUCGAGGAAUUUUGUUUGUUUACCAGGUUUAAGGGAAUUUUGUGGACCAGUGAUGCUUUCAUAUGAUUCGACGUCACGAGCUCUCAAUGGGAUUCGUUGCUAUGAAAAUCUAAAUUUUCUAUUUCAGCUAUGUGUUCUGUUUGUCAGUCAUACAUUAAUCCGUGCUUUUAUGUUUUACCAUUUUCAAAACGUUGUGCCAGAAUUUAAAUGGUUUCUUUCACUGUUACAUAAGUUGCCUCCAUUUUGACUCAUCGAACUUAAAGCAAUGCACUGCUCUAAUAGCCUGUGAACAGAUGCCCCCCUCCCCUCAUUAAAAAUCAGGGAGAGAGACAUCUGUGAAUUGCCGUUGCUAAUCAUGUCCCUGUUUCCGCGGAAUGUGGGGGAAAGCCUCUGAUUGGUUGUAAUGUUAAUGCCAUACCACAUCUGCAUACGUUUACUUGUAUUUCGGCUCUCUGGAAUGGGCAUGUGAAGUAAGACCACCAAGGUUUGCUGCACCGGUUGCGGGUGUAUCUGUUCUCUGCCAGCGGCUAUUGUAAAUAAAAGGGAAGGAUGUACAGAAUUCAACGCUUAAUCAGAUAUGUUAUUUCUGGAUUUCAGCGUUGACAUUGUGUGGACGUUUUUCGGCUAGCCCCCUGGCUUCUGUACUCAGGCUAUUUUUCAGCCUACAUGUGCCGGUAAUGACUCAUAAAAUUAGACAAAAGGAAAGCUAUAAUUUCUUCCUGAAAAGAAGUGAACGGUCCUUUACAUGAAACCUACUUGAAAUCAUUGAGUGGAUCAACUCCUGCUUAAAACACUUGACUGGAAAUGUAAACAGUGCUUCUGAGAUCAAGAUUCUGUCAACCAAAAACCACAGGAAAUCGAUGCAUAGGAAAUGGACCGACUUUAUGAACUAAAACGACGGAAGAACAUGUACAUGUUAGAAUCUUCCAAAGCAUAAAUGACAUUUUAGCUAGAUAUUCUAGUUAGAGCCUAGCCUAGCCAUAAAGGUUGAGAACAUCUGAGAGAAUAACUGCCUACUUGCUACACUGUAUACAAGAGUCCAGAGUCGUGUUGGUCUGUCAACACCUUUUCAUCUGUCAGAAGAAAAAAAAUGUAAAUGUAUACCAGAACACGAUUAACCAUACACAACGCUUUAACACAUUUUUGUAUUUACCUUAAUCAAUUAACUUUUCUCUAACCCAGUUUAUUUUUACCAUAUUUCCACAAAUAAUAGCUGGGGGCGAUUACUUCUUUUUUCACACCAAAAAGGGGCUAUUAUUCAAGGGAAGGCGAUUAUUUGAGGGAAGUGAUUAUUUCAAAUAUUGCUCAAUAGAAGUUGUGCCCUAAAUAUUUUGUUCUGUUUUUCCAUUACAGUGUGACCACAUGAACCGAGGCCAUCCAGACAAAAUUUUGAGACAAAUUUUGAAAUUAGCCAAUCACAAGUCAAGAUCGAAACAAUGAAAUUGUGCAUAAUCUUUUAGUCAGAACCGUUUUUCUAAAAGAGUGUGUAAAGCAAGCUGAAAAAUGUUUUGACAAUGUCUUGGGUGGCCGGAAUCCCCGGGGGGGGUACUGCCAUAUAUGGGCUAUAUAGGUAUGUGCCGCUGUGAAGGGUAUGGUUUUCAAGCAGUUUACUCUGGGAUAGGGUAUAUAAAUCAGAGCGUUUGGCUCUAGAAUAGGGUAUCAUUUUUCAGGAAACUGAUCAGUUGGUUGAAGAUUUUAUCUAGACUAGGUACACAGCUACUCUAGGAUAGGGGGAUUUGGGGAUUUUACUCUAGUAUAGGGUGGCAAAAUUCAGCUGAACUAGCUCUGGUAAAGGUUAAGGGUUCCAGGCUCCCAGCGGCACAUCCCCACCCAGAAAUUCCUAAAGUACCGCCCCCGGGCCGGAAUCAAAGCCAGCAGUAAAGAAAGCAGUUGUCUGGGUGGCCUCAGUUCAUGUGAUAGCACUGUAAAUCAUAAAAUAAUCACAUCAAAUUAACCCGUUUGGCCCUGAGCCACCCGUAACUGCCUGUGCGGAUCCACGUCCUUUCUACCACUUGUGGCAUUAACAGUUUUAAUGGUCAAGGGCAACUUUGUCUGCUAACUUGUGUAGAGUGAAGAGAUCUUUCAAACCAUACCAGAAUGAGCACAACUCAGUCAAGGACACCACAGAAAAAAAAAAAAAAAAUGUAACUUUGACCGUAAAAUUUCCAUGAAAAUCUUGGUCCACUACCCACCUACCUUUCCUUUUAUCUAAUCCUAAGAUCCUAAAAGCUUUGCUAAAAACUUUUCCCACAGCAAGAGAAAAAAAAAAAAAAAAAAGUGAAAAAAAAAGAAGGAGAGAAAGUGAAAAGUAAAAGUCAAGACUGCUGUGCCACUCUUAAACCCAAAAACUCGAAAUCUUGAAAUUUUGCUUUCUGUGCGUGCCCAAACUUUGCAAGCUAAUAUUUUGCAUCUGGUUCAGAAGGCCGCAAAGUGUACGACCUGUAAAUGGCUUUGUGGUAAGUUUUAGCUCUUUAUAGCAUGACAGUGACCAGAAAACCGCUCAACUAGGUAGCUUCAAAUCGUGCUUUUUGGCAAAAUCUCCAGGGGCAAAUGGGUUAAAGUGUUGCAAAUUUGGUUCUGUGAUUAAUUUUCAGUGUCAAUGUUCUUGGUGUCAGAGCUUGAAUCAUCACUGACCAAUUUUGCUGGAUCAAACUCCACUUUAGCAUCAUCCUCCAAGUUUACCGCUAUAGGUAUCCCUAGCGGGUAACCUAUAGGGAUUGGGGAGAUUAUUGGCGGAGGCGAUUAUUUUGAACAUUUUUAUCAAAGGGGUUGAUUAUCAAAGGGAGGCAAUACAUUAAUAGAGAGAUGGCCAUUAUUUGAGGAAAUACCCUAUUUACCAUCCUGGAGUGUACAUGUAGUCCAGUGUUUGACCUCCUGGUUUGACUUGUUGUUUGAUACUUGGGGUUUAGCAUAUCUUAAUGUUCAUAUAAUUUUGAGAGAAUAGGAUGCUGAGGUCUUUUUGAGGCAACAUGAAAUACGCAAUGCAUUUGGAACAGUCACCCCAAUGAAGGGAGUUACUAAGAUCAUAUUAAGUAAGGCCUUCUGUUGAUUAAGGGCUAGUAUUGCCUGAGGUUGCGUAGCACCAAGAGAUGUAAUCUGAAAGCCAUUAUUGAGCUAUUUUGAAAAAAUAGCUCAUAUGUCAGUGGUGUGAGCGUAUGUAUCUUUGUGGCUUUGUAUCUUUGUAUGUUCGGAUGUUUGUUGCUAGAGCCAAUAAGGUUGAAGGUACUAUGAGUUGAUGCUUAGGAACCAACGAGAUCUUGGCAUCUAUUUAAACAUGGCAUUGCCAAAGGUCAAACAAGGGCACUUUGAGACCGCCAUCUUGAUUCUUCACAAUGUUUUCGUCUUUUAUUACGGCCAGAGGUGUUUGGAAGCAUUACAUUAAAUAUCUUCAUGAUUCAGAUGCUAUGUACGGUGAUGCAGCUCUUUAAGGGUUCAUAUUUUAGUGUGGAUGCUGCUUCAAGGCAUUUCUGACCUAAUUCGGCUAUCGGUACAAUGCAAGUAUUUAUGAGUUCUGUUUCGUCUGCUUCAACUGAGUAGAGUAUAAAAGACCAUAUUUUUCAAAGCUCUUCCAAUGAAGCAAUAAUUGAUAUUUAGAUAUGGACUUUAACUCGAAAGUAUGCGCCCUAUAAAAUGUGGUUUUAGAAGUUUGAAAGGUAGCUUAUUUUCUUGAAAGCUGUACCGAGUAUUGUUAAUUCUGUAAACAAGCUUUAAAGAUAUUAUUCUCUCGCUUACAAAGUUCAACAGACCUUUUUUGUUCUGGCAAAACAAAAAAAAAAGAAUAAUAAGUGAACAACAUGAUACAUCCUUCCUGCAUACUAAGUAUUAUAGUUAUUGAAACGUAUUUUAUUUAGUAAAGAUGUGUAGCUUAAGUAGAAAGAGUAGCGUUAGGGAAUAACAUUGGGAGAAGCUAGUUGACCCAAUAUUUAGAUACUGUUUUAUUGAGUGGAGUAACAUGAUAUAAGUAGAAAUAUAUUUCGGCAGUUCGAUAUUUUUCUUGGAAGUUAAUAAAUGUUAGGCUAUCAACCUUGACGAUGCAUGAAACAUAAUUUAAGUGCAGAUGUUGUAAUGAAGCCGAGGUGAUUUCUUAAAAUCGUUUGAGAAAAUUUUGUAGUAAACAAUUUGCCUUUUUUUUAUGUACGAAUUGUAAAAGGGCCAAAGACCAACAUCUUCACGUGCAAAUUGUGUGCAUGAGUUAAACCGAAGCAUUAAAGUGACACUGAAGCAUUCAAAAUAGCUUAUGCACGUUUAACGUGCCUAUGUUCUUUUCUUUGUAUUUAGUACUUUGAUUUGCAAGGUCUGGCUCUUCACCUUGUGCUGUUGUCUUUGAUUGUGGAAGAUUGCUUGAAAUUACAGCAUUAUUGCCUAAACAUCGUUGGAAAUUUUGGCUUAAGAUUUAUAAACUGUAAUGUUAUAAUCUUUUUCCAGUUUAAGUUUAGUCUGACUAUUCUAUGUACACCAGUUGUACCAUAAGGUAGUCAAUAGUUACUGUGUAACCUACGCCCAUACACAGGCUCCUUAAGAAUUUAUCUCUGCCUCAUUUCUUAUCUAAUCUUCAAGAAACGUUGAGUUGACACUUUAAGAGUGUCUUGUUGACCUCUGCAAUCUGAAAUUUGUAUUUUAAUCAAUCGUGCAAGCAGAUCAGGUGUCAUAAGCUUCAGCAGCGUCAUUCAUUUUCUGCUUGGUGUUUUGAUUGUAACUUGUGGAAAAUAAAGAGACCUAAAAUUUCAACAGAAUUGUAAACAUAGUAUGAUACUUAACACUCCUCUUAUCCCCCUUACUUGAUCUUUCACUACCUCCUCCCUAAUGUAUCAGCCCUCCCUGUCAAACAUGUUACCAAAAUUUGCAAUUAGUACCACACUGUAGUUUAGGAAUAAUAUAUUGUUCAAUGUAUAGUGACCAAUCACAACUUAAGUAUGUUUGAAAUGAUAUGCAUCUGAACAGGGCCUUGUGGUAUUUUCUUAAUAAAUACUACUCAUUAAUUUUUUCAUCUCUCAGUGUUGCACUUAAUCGGGAACAGCACUUAAAUAAGUUUUCUCAUUUGCAAAUAACACAGUGCUACAUUUGUACAAUUUUUGCUGGUAAAUUAGAAAGUCAUGUUGAUGAAAAUCAAGCACAAGGAACCCAGAAAACAAUUCUGAGUUCCAUGUGGGAUUUAAAGCCACAAUCCUUAGCACUGUUGUUGAAUGCACUAAUCACUAAGCAACUGGAUAAAAUCUUGUCUCAGUUUAAACCAGAAUUUAACCUUGUUUGUUUUACAAUUAUUGUUACUUUUCUUUUGCCUCCUAUAUAUGUUCAUAAGAGACAAGUAAAUUCUGGCUUAAGCUGAGAAUCCAAUUUUAUGUACAAUAGAGAUGCUAUGGUGAGCAAAAACCUUGGCUUAGUACAGAGGCUGUAGUAGCUGAGUGGUUAGAGCUUCUGAUGAGGGUACAUGUAUGAUCUGUGUGUGAUAUCUUACACUGAAAUACUGACUCCUCUUCUUGGAUUUUAGAUAUUGGUGAACUUAAUCUUCCAAAGACAUGUCAGACAGAUUUCCCUGAUCCAGAUGACCUUCUUAAUUUUAAACUCCUUAUUUCACCAGAUGAGGUUAGAAAGUUGGCUUUUAUUAUUCUUUUGUUUUUGCUCUAUAAAAAGGUAAACAAAAACUAUAAAGUUUCUCUGUAUCUGUUUUUUUAUUCAUAGGGAUUUUACAGAAAUGGAAGAUUUGUGUUUAGUUUUAAGGUUAGUUAUUUGAUUGGUUGGCAUUCCAGAAUCAUCAUCUCCAUCAUCAUUCUUUCAUCAUCUCUUUCUCUUCACAUUUUACCUAUAUGUAUUGAUGAUAGAUGCUGUUCAUCCGAAACAUGUCUAAAUAAUAACUGUCAUAACUUUCCUGAAAGUUAUUUCUUGACUGCUCACAGUGCAAAAAUUUGGUAUUCCUCUUUUUGGAGUCAGGUAAGCUGGAAAGGUGGUUGUGUUAUUGUCAAACACCUCCAGUUUGAAGACCUGUCCAUUUUAAGCUUGCCAUACUUUAAUGCCUGAUGUUGGGUCUGAAUGAAUGCGAAAGCAUUGUAGAUACCUUAAUCAGUUGGUUUUGUUGAGUUUUUUGGUGAGGACCAAAGUGACAAUGAGACAAAAAUGACAAUGUGUGCCCAGUGUCUGAUGUCAUUUCCUGUUUAUUGUGUUUUUCGAAGACCCAUAGAUUUUGAAUUAAUGUCACAGACUUGAUCUGCCACUCAUGCAUCCAGCCAUCUCUAACAAUUAAGGCCAGACCUGAGAGAGCAGCGGAAAUCACAUGUACCUCAAAUCCUAAGUAUACUUGAUUACGUUAAUGUUUUUUUCAUUUCAACUUAUUUUAGGUUGGUCCUGGCUAUCCUCAUGAUGCACCAAAAGUCAAAUGUGAAACAAAGGUACAUUAACUCUGGAUCCGAUUCUGUUGGAUCUACUUUUUAGAAGUUGGUUAUUCCUUUGACAGGCCUUGCUUUAAAAUGCCUUGGACAUGUAGUUACCAUUUUUUUAAAGUUUCUCCUUCCAAAGGCCUUGAAGGUACAAAUUAGUCCCCAUAGGGCAAGAGCUGUCUGAAACCCUGGUGAACCCAGGACCGUCAGUAAGGACUGGGGGCUUGGGAUUUCCCCUGUUUCUUUAGGUACAUAAACUGUAAACUUGCACUUAUACAUACAAAUGUAUAGGGCUUAUGCAACUUCACAAGGGGUUUUAGGACAGCGUAUAAACAGGACAGGGAAAAAAAAAAAAAAACAAAAUUAAUUACAACAAGCUACAUAUGCAGGUAAUAACAGGAUUUUUUUGUUGGCAGGUAGAUGAACCUAUAACUGGGGGAGGGAGGGAGGUUAAAAAGCAGAAGUUUAGGUUAUGACCCCUGGCUAUUUUCUUAGGAAACAAAAUAGCCUGUUCCAGGUUCCAAGAUACUGUAGCAUGUGCAGUGAUCAUGAUAACAAAAGCCAAAAACACUGUCCUAAACACAAGAAUUACAGCUGUAUUUAGGAUUAUAGCCUUUUUGCCGCUGAUUUCUUAAAUGAAAGACCAAGCACAACAACUAAAAGAGCUUGGAUCAGCUUUGGUUGCAUUAGGUCACUGAAGGCAUACAUGUACAUGUCAGGUUUGUCAAAAGUAGCAGGCUGCCAGCAAAAAUCGCCGCCUGCUUGGUUAGUAUUGGCCGGCUACUCUGCUUGGCAUUUCUUUAUGGAUGGCAUUUUUUAAAUAAAAUAUCCCUGGACUGUCCCUUUGACAACUCAGCUGUCUACGUCAAAACUUUCUGACAACCCUGCAUGUAGGCAAGGAUGACAAGAAAGCUUCAAAAUUGGCAAAGCAGGAAUUACAUUUCAUUGUACUCUAGUUUAAAUUCACAUGAUAAAAGAGGUACAUUGUCAAAAAAUGUGAAAUUUUCCGUGAUUGGUUUAGAGUCAAUUUAGGCUAGAAUUCUUGCCUUUUUCAGAUUUAAGUUCGUAGAUUUCCAUCUGUGAGAAUUAAUUAACAUUCUCGGCCAAAAACAACUGUAUGUAGUUAUUCAGAUCGAUGAAUUUUGGACAACAAUAGAGAAACAAAAGCCUUUAUUAGAAGAUAAUUAAGCAAUAAAAAGCUUAGCUCAUUUCCCCCAGGCCCUAUAAAUAUUGAUCCCCAAAAUUUUUGUAACUUUCAAUCGCUACAAAUUUGGCCCACAGGAAAAGGACUGUUUCAGCCAUUUACGUGGGUUUAUUAUUAUCCAUGAUCGUGAAUAAUAAGUUUUAUUAGAUUUCCUGGGAUAAAACAAUUGAAAAUCAACCCAGCUUAAAAGGUUUGAACUUUUGAACCUUGUAUGUUAUCCCCAUAAAAUGUUGCAGAACUAUUACAGUAGUCAUAUGUUUUUUAAUUGUUAUAAACCAAUAAAAUGAUGUUGUUACUAUUCUAGGUUUAUCAUCCCAAUAUUGAUUUAGAAGGAAAUGUAUGCUUAAACAUUUUAAGGUAAAUUUGUUGUUAUUUUUGUUGGAUUUUUGAUUACCUUUCCUUUUUGGUGGAUAUAUAUUUUGUCUGCAGUAUAAAGGUUGAAAGUCUCUUUUCCUUUGUUUUUAUGUAUGGUUAUGUAUGAUACAAUGUUUGUAUUAAAUGAAAAUAAAAAUUUAGUGCGAGCCAAGAGAAAAAUACAGCAAGUACAUUAAUGGUGUGAAAUCUGAAUGCCAACUUUAUUUUCAUUUGUAUAAAUUUGGAAUUAAUUGUAUUGAGAGUCAAGAACUCAAGUGAGACUCAAUUAACGACUUGAUUCUCAAAGCUCAAUUCAUGCAAGGACUGAGUAUCAAGUGUCAACAAAGUUAAAUUGCAUAGUACAAAAUAAUGUACUGUAUGUAGGACUUAUUUAAGAUUGCUUAGAGCCCUCUAGAGCUAAGAUAAGUACAAUUUUUGAUCAAUUUUCAGAUUGUCCAUGGUAAAAAUAUGCGGUACAUGACUGUGUGUGCAAUUUGGCAAAAUUAAAAAUUGUUGGCAUAAUAAUACCUGUUCUUUGAAACCAGCUAUGACUAGAAUCUUGAAGAUUCUAAGCAACCCAAGGAGCUAGAAAAAACUUCAUUACAUAUUAAAUCAAAAUCAGAGACAAGUUACCAAAUGGAAAUAUCCUGACGUGAACAGAAAGAUACUAUCAUAAUUUUGUACCCUAAAUCUUAGGCAAUUUACUCCCCCUUCUCCACCCCAUGACCCACCAAAAAGAGGGAGAAUUUGUUUAUGGUUUAUAGAACUUAAAAUUCUAUAAGAAGGCAAAGCAAAUUUAACAAGUACAACUGUUACAGUCCAAAGUUGGACUAGUGUUAUUAUUUCUUUGUUAUUGUAUUUAUUUAUAGUAUUCUAAAACUCUUUGAUUUUCAGAGAAGACUGGAAACCUGUUUUAACAAUCAACUCAAUAAUAUAUGGACUACAAUAUCUGUUUUUGGUGAGUGACUGAAUUCUUGUGAAUGUAAAAUUUACAGGGGGGCUCUUAAGUAAUUUUGUGGCAACAAGCAGGGAAAUAGGGUCCAAAUGAGGUGUAGAAAAAAUCCUUGCUUUCAAAAAUGCAUGACCCCGCAAAAUCCGAGAUCAUUAUAUGUUUCCGGUAAACUGCCCACCUACCCCUCCUCUAAGCCAACAUUUUGCCUCUAGUGCGAAGUAAGUGAUAAUGUUGGCUUAGGGGAGGGGUAGGUGGACAGUUUCCCAGAAACAUGUAAUAAUCCAAAAUCCUGGAUUAUUUUCUGUAUUAUACUUGCCCCCAAAAAAAAAAAAAAAAAAAAAUGAUAAUACUGUACUAACAAUAAUGCAAAAAUCGAAUAUUGCAACUAUUUAAACACAUAGCAAAGAGUGUGAAAACCAAGGGCUUCGACACAUAACACAAGUCACUGAUGUACAACAAAAACAAUAAUGAACCUAAAAUGGACCCUUGGGGCACUCCACAUUCAAAGUAUUUAGAGAAGGAAUUUAAGCCAUUACACUGUACAAAUUGAGUUCUACGAGGAAGAUAACUUUUGAAUCACUGUGACAGUAGUUGCAUUCAUGCCACAACCAUUUUGAUUGUCGUGAUUAGUAAAAACGAUUUUGCUGAUUAAAAUUGCUGUGAAAGUCCCAAAUUAAACUAUCAUCUUUCUGAAGUUAAACAGAGAGAAAAAUUUGCAUGACAUGUUAUUUUACAUCUUGAAAAAAGCUGAGUUUCAAAAACUCCUUGAUGAGCUUUUCUUUCCAGUGUUAGUCAUGUAGUCAUCAAUAAUAAUCAUUUUGUUGUUUUCAGGAACCAAAUCCCGAAGAUCCUUUAAACAAAGGUUGGUAUUUAUUUUUGAGAGAGUUUCUAAGAUUGGACAUUAUUCCUGCUCAAUUUUAAGCCAGUUUGUUCAAACAUAAAUAUCUGGUUAACAGUUUAAAGAAUAUGCCAGAUGACGAAAGGUAUCAAAGCCUGGUUUUCACUAGCGCAUAAGCAUAAGCAUAAGGACAAACGCACGUGCAGAAUGGCAUAUUUGACUCAAUUCUCCAUACCAGCUCUCCUCAACCCAGUGAUAAACAAGAUGGCGGACGAAGCGUCCGCCAUAUUGCUUUUGAUAUGUUUGCAUGGGGUCUGGGUCAAAGUGACCUAUGAUUGGUCCAUGGCCUUGUUCUUAUUCUUGUGCUUAGAGCGGUUUUCACUUGACUGUCGAAAGGGAUUGGUUUUGGUUUUACUACGCCCUUUGGUUGGCUAGUGUAUUUACUUUGGUUUUGGUUUUACGACAGUCAAGUGAAAACCGCUCUAUGUCGACCCAGUUUUCACUAGUCAAAGCUACGACAUAAGUAUUAGCACAAGCACAACAGGGUGCAAAGAAAAUCAUUUUUACAGCUUGCAAUUCGGGCAAGCUGAAGCUAGCAUUUACUAGCCCAGAUGUCAUUUCAACUAGCCCCAAAAGCUUUUCGUCGAGCAGAAUUGAUUUCACACUUCUUCUGUUAUUCGAAUUCCUCAAAGAACAUCACUUGCCUGUCGGGCAAGUUAAAAACAGAUUUCACUAGCCCGAUAGCAAAAUCCACUAGCCCCGCGCUAUCGGACACUACUUUCUUUGCACACUGCACAAGAAGAACGAACUUGUCCGUUUUUCUUGUGCUUAUGCUUAUGCUUAUAUCGACCCAGUUUUCACUUGUUUACACAUGUGCUUGUGCUUAUGCUUAUGCGCUAGUGAAAAGCAGGUUUAAAGGUUUUUAACACUAGUCACUAAAUUCUGAGUCUUUUUCUUCAAAAGAGAAUUGGAGUGUUUUGAAUGACACAUUCUUGCGAGCACGCUAAUAGUACCAUCAAAUAGAGAGAAGUCGUUACGUCACGUUGCCAUGGCGGCAAAAUUUCUGGGUGACAGCAAACCGAAUAAAACACUUCAAAAGUGAAAUUGCACUGUUUCAAACUUCAUCUGUCUUAUUCAAUUUCAUUUAAUUGGUCAAAAGUUGGCAAAAAAUACUGGAGUUGAAUCCGAAAGGGCCGCAUCUACCGUAUGUUUAGAAAAAGAGAAAGAAAAUUUUUGUGUUGUCAUUCGCAUACUCCAUAAAACAGGCUUGUAAAUUAGGAAGUUUCAUGUCGCAGUCUUGCAACGACGGCUAAGAAAUGUACAAUUAAAAGCGUGAUUCACGUGCAAAAUUGUUGACUUGCUAAUAUAUACCUCUUGCUUGUUUGCUGUUCUCAUUGCCAUGGCCAUCAUUGUUGCUUAAGCUCCCUAUUCUUGUCAUUUAGAAAUUCUGCAGUCAUAGGAAUGUGAUGUCACACUUCUCCUCUCUGUUAUGUGAAGCCGCUACAGUUAAAGCGGUGCAGGAACCACCUUUAAAGUAACAGUUAUGUAUUACUGAUUGUAAAUCCUAUUUGCUUUUUGUUUCGUGCAGAUGCUGCAGAGGUUCUCCGAGCUAACAGGCGGUUGUUUGAACAGAACGUACAGAAAGCAAUGAGGGGAGGAUAUGUAGGAAGUGUUUAUUUUGAACGGUGUCUUGUGAAAUAACCAUGCAGUGGAGAGAUGUGCCUCUAUUUAUGAACUGAUUUAACUGUUGCAGUGCAAGUUUGCUAUAGCAAGUGCUCUCCAAAUAGAAUUUGGACAUAAACUGGCUGGUUCUAAAUGGACGUUGAAAGACAAGUAGAUCCAAAAAUUUGAUGUAUAAUAUGGAUCUGCUUGUGAGAUAUAUUUUUGUCCUUGCUGAGUUAAUGUGUUAGUCAAAAGUUAAUAACCUCUAAUGUUUCCAGUUGAUAUGUUGUAUUGGUCUCGGUUGCAAAGGAAUAUUCCAAGAGGUAUUUUUUUGUUUAUGGUAUUUUGAUAGCACUUAAAAUCAAGGUUGUCGAAUUUUAAUUUUAUGUCAUGGUGGCUAACCAUUAGCGAGGUACUUUAAAUUGUUUUGCAAUAAUAGCAAGGCCAAACAAGCUAUAUGUAGCACUGACUGCGCAGUCAGGUCAUUUAGCUGCAUGCACUUCUGUAGUAAAAACUUCAGUUUUAAAUUGAGACGGCUCAUGUAGAAUAGGAAAACUCAGACUUUGAUUUUAUGGAUUUAUUUGGCCCAUGUGCAGAUCUGUUACAAUUAUGCUUAAAGAGAUUUACGUUUCUGCCAGCUAUUUCUUUUUAAUUGGAUGCAUGAUCCUGUAAAUGUUACACGGGAAGGGAAUGCCCAACUGUAUCGCUGUCACUGUCGAAUCUAGAAUAGAUAUUUUGUACAGUAAUGUAUAAAAUAAACGAAUCAUAUUGUACAAAU